AUGUUGGAUGAUGCAAUUUUUCAACAAAAUAUUCAAGUAGUCGAAAACAAGUUAAAGGAAGCUGAAAAUCUGACACGAAUUCAACAAUAUGAUCAAUCAAAUUCUAAAUUGAACGAUUUGUAUUUAUCCAAAGAAUUUGAUUUCUUAGCGAAAAAUGGAAACAGUUUGCAUGCAAAAGUUUACAUGAUGCGAGCCCAUAAUAAUUUUAUGAUGAAAUAUUACAGUCGUGUUCUGGAAGAUUGCAAAAUAGCUGAAAAAGAUCCGGAAAAUCAUACAAAAAUUUUAGAAUUUCAAGCAAUAUGUUUCAUGGAACUUGAAAAACUUGAUAAAGCGGAAGAGCAACUUGCAUCGCUUGAAUCAAUUACACACAAUAAGGGACGCUUAAAUGACUUAAAACGCAGAUUGACAGGCAAAAAAUACCAGAAUAUCAAAAAGAAAUAUGAAGAGGCUUUCAAUGAUAAGCAAUACAAGUCAGCAUUGAAAGUGUUGGAAAAUAUAGAGUUCGAUAAUUUAGAGAAAGUUUUUAAAACCGACUUCUUUUGCAAUAAAGCUGCGGCAUUUUUGCAAAUCAAUCAAUUUUCAGAUGGGUUGGAAUGUUGCCAAAAAGCAUUAAAUGUUGAUAAGAAACAUAAACGAGCUUUGGAACUUCGGGCAGAAUGUUAUUUUCACAUGGGCGAUAACAAGAAAGCUCUUGAAGAUUGUGAUGCAGUUUUGAAACUUCCAGGUAAUUAUUAUAACAGUCGUAUUCGUGAAAUUAAACGAGAAGCAGAGAGAGCAAUGGGAAAAAAGGUAAAAUAA